AUGACUGCUAUUGCGGUGCUGUCACAAAAUGAGCGUACGCUUCGCUAUAUUAUUGAUUUACCUAUUUCAUCUAAGGAAUACAAUGUGUGGAAGCCCAUGUUUAAAUUAUUUGCAUCGAUAAGAGAAGAAGAUAGUAGUGCUGCCGGUCGUAUGAUUGAAUUAUUAACUCGUCCCCAAUCGGAUCACAUUCAUGUAAGUUCAUAUUGGUUGCCGAUGCUGGACAAUGGUCUAUUACCAACAUUAGUACAAAUAUUUGAUUUAUCAAGAAAUGACGAUGCACUUGAAAGUGCAUUUCUUAUAUUAUUAAAUCUUUUCAAUGCAUUACCAGAUAGAAAAAGUGAAUUAGACAAAAUGAAAAAUUCGUUUAGUGCAAUAUUAAAACAUACGCGGUCAACUAAUAAUCAAAUUUUGACAUUAUUAGGUCGAACUGUAUCAAGUUUGAGUACGGAAAAAUUAUUAGUUGAUUCUAUGGUUGAUCAAGGUCUUGUUGAAUCAUUAGUAACGCUCCUUGAUAAACAACAUUCACCGCAAAUUAUUUAUCCAUUUUUCGAUUGUUUAGCCAAUGUUGUAGCAAAAUCAUUUGAAUAUCAGCAUAAAUUUGUCUUUUUAAAAGAUUUUCUUCUAUUAAUUGUACGUAGUUAUUUGCAAGAAUUCGAUCUAAAUUUAUCACUGUCAGUCAUACGUUUUAUUCGCCAAUUAGUUAGAAACAAUCCCGUCCUACAAGAUAUUCUUGCGCAUUAUGGUGCAUGCGAACAUUUGCUUGGCGCAUUAUCGGCAUCAUCAAAAGAAUUACAACAAGUAUCUAUUGAAGCAAUACAAGCAUUGAGCGAUAAAAAUCAACUCGUUCAACAAAUACUAUUACGUGAACAUGCUCUUGAACAACUAUUAACUUUAUUAGAAAAAACAAACAUGUCAACGUUGCAAAUUGCUAUUGUAUGCACACUAUGGACAUUAUGCGAAAAUAAUUCAAUACAAAAACGUGAUGUAGCAACAAGAAUUGGUGUGAGAAAAUUAAUUAGUUUUUAUACGAUUAAAUCAGAUGAACAUCUAUUAGUUGUAACCGAUGCAUUGAAUGAAUUAGCUAAAUCUGCAGCAAGUGUCAACAUGAAUAUUCCAGAAGAAAUCAAUCAAUCACAAGGAAUUCCAUAUCUUAUUCGUCUUCUUAAAUCCGAUAAUGAACUGCUUGUUUUAAGUGUUUUAAAAAGUUUACAAUUAAUAACAUGUGCGCCCGGUUUUACUUCGAACCGAAAAAAUCAAGAAAUUAUUGUUAAAAACGAUGGCGUUAAAUUACUUGUGGCUUUAAUGAUGCAUGCGAAACGCGAAGCUGUUCAAGUUGAAUCAGCUCAAGCUUUAGCUUGUAUUGCAUUAGGUGAGCAGUUGCUUAAAUAUAUUCUAUACAAAGUUGUUAUUUUAUUAGGCAACAAUCAAUGUUCAGUCUUAAUUGAAAGUACAUUGGAUUUUUCUUACGGACAUCUAGUUGAUCUCAUGCAUUCACGUGAUAUCAAUGUUCAAAUAAAAGCGUCAAAUGCUUUAGCAACAUUUAUCUAUAAUAAUUCUCGUGUACAAUUAUCUCUCUCGAAUCAAUAUCAAUUUUCAUUUCGUUAUUUUGAAAAAUUUCUUCAAAGUCACAAUGAUUCUGUGAGAUCUACAGCUGCAUUUCAAGUUGUCGCUUUUUCUGGUCUAAUUACUGAACAAAAACAAUCAGUUAAUACAGCUAUUGGAUGUGGAAUUCUUAUGGAUAUACUUCGAGCUUCACCAGUAGAUGAUGCUCAAUCGGCAGCUGCAGAAUGUUUAGCUAGACUUGCACACAUGAAAUCAGUUUCAGACGAACAUAAGCACACAGGUAUACCACAAGCUGUAGUUGCUGUCAAUGCCAUAGAUCAUUUAUGUCAUUUAUUUUCAUCGUCAAAUGAUAUAACUAUUGGUAAUGCCGCUGUUGCACUUGGAUUUCUAUCUUAUGUACCCGAAGGCCGACGGAAAUUAUUGUAUAGGUGCCGCAAUGAACCAGAUAUCAUGGCAUUUUUGAAAGUAUACAAUUGUUUGCCUGGUGCAAUUCCACGUCUGUCAAUACACUUACUUGAAGAUUGGGAUCGAUAUGAUACAUUGAAAUUACCUAAAUUAAGGUCGCAAGAAGCCAAUAUACGAUAUUUCAAAGUUCUUUCGAAUAAUAUCGAACGAUCACGAGCAGCACCACAAUCAGAUUAUGAAAACGAACAAGCACCAUCGAACAAAAGUGACUUCUAUUUACCACCGCUACGUCAGAAAGUUUAA